AUGUUAACUCUUCUGCCCAUGGUCUCUCCUCCUCCUAUGACCAGAUCACUUGUUCUUCUUCUUCAUCUUCGUUCUCGAAUCUCUUCUCCUUCCCGCGCAAGAUGGAUCUCCACUUCGACUACGAUGAUGACUCUGGCCCACUUCGACUUCUCCGGCGAAAGCCCUGAUCCCGAGCGCGCGCUCGUCACCGCUCUCGGACUCUGCUCCUCCGGCAAUGACGUCCAUGCCAGAUAGAAAAUCCAUUGCUGUGUCUUGAAGUCCGGUCUCGACUCCAACGGCUUUAUCUACAACAGCGUUCUCAACAUGUACGCCAAAUGCUGUCUCUUGACCGAUGCAGAAUCUGUGUUUAAGAGCCAUGUGAGGAUUGAUUCUGCUUCUUUCAAUAUAAUGGUUGAUGGGUAUGUGAGAUCUCGUCGUCUGGAUGAUGCUCGCUGCCUGAGAGGCUCCGUCUCCUACACCGCCAUGAUAAAGGGUUACACUCAAAGCGAACGGUGGAGAGACGCAGCGGAGCUUUUCCAGGGAAUGAGAAAUGGGGAUAAUAUUCCCCCGAAUGAGGUGACAUUAGCCGCUGUUAUAUCGGCUAGCUCGCAUUUGGGUGGGAUUUCUGAUUGCAAAAUGCUGCAUUGUUUAACCAUGAAGCUGAAGCUUGCCGAUAGAGUGUUCGUCUCGACAAAUUCGCUGCGUAUGUAUUGUGUUUGCUCGAGCUUGGAGGAUGGUAGGCGGCUGUUUGAUGAGAUGCCCGGAAAGAACUUAGUUGCAUGGAAUGUGAUGUUAAACGGGUACUCGAAAGCAGGGCUCAUCGAUAGGGACUUGUUCGAUCAGAUCACCGAGAAGGAUAUCGUCUCAUGGGGUACAAUGAUCGAUGGGUAUCUCCGGAAGGAGCGAUUGAACGAAGCCUUGGAUCUGUACAGCGAGAUGCUAUCUCGUGGAAUUAACCCUAGUGAUGCUAUGAUGGUGGAUUUCCUCUCGGCUUCUGCACGAGCCGAGGUGCAUUAUGAGGGUUUACAACUUCAUUGUACUAUCAUGAAGGCUGGAUUCGAUUGUCAUGAUCUUGUACAGACGACCAUCAUCCAUUUUUACGCAGCUCGUGGUGACAUAAACCUAGCUUUACAGCAGUUUGAAGCGAGCGUUAAGGAUUACGUCACAUUAAGAAAUGCACUGAUUGCAGGAUUUGCGAAGAACGGGAUGAUCCAGGAGGCGACAGAAGUCAAUCAGAUGCAUGAUAAGGAGAUUUUCUCAUGGAAUGCCAUGAUUUCGGGGUAUGCGCAGAGUGUUAUGCGAUUCCUCAAAAUGAUCGAUGGCUCUGUAAAACCAGACGCCAUCACGAUGGUGAGUGUUUUCUAUGCAGCUUCCGUUCUAGGAGAUUUGGAAGUAGGGAAACGGGCCCACACGUAUUUACGAUGUAGUUCCAUCCCUCUCAGCGACAAUCUUAUGGCGGCCAUGGUUGACAUGUAUGCUAAAUGCCGAAGCAUUGACGCUGCCCUGACCAUUUUCUACCAAACACGGGACAAAACAUCGACAAUCUCCCUGAACGCUAUCAUAUGUGGUCUGGCAAUUCAUGGCCGAGCAAGCCUGGCUCUUGAUCUCUACUCUGACCUUCAAACCCGUCCCAUCAGACCCAACGCCAUAACUUUCGUCGGGGUUUAAAGCUGGUUUAUGUAAAUCAUUUUUAUUUUAUUUUCUUUAACUUGUAAUAUCUAAAAUAUCGAAAAUGUUACUUUACAUAAUGCAGCCAGUGCUUUAUUAA